AUGAAUGUCAAUGUGAUUCUGCUUCGAAUUGAGGCGGUGCGAAGACUUGCAGAAAGACGGCGGAACGAACUUCGCCUCGAGCACCAAGCUGCUUUUAGAUACCACCCUCCUACUCAUAAUGAGAGCGUCUCGCCCAAGACAAAAAUGUCCAACGUUGAAGCCUGGCGUAAACAUUCUGCCCUUCAGUACGGUUCUCCAUCAACGCCCAAUCCUCCCAGCAGUCAGAACUCUCACCAUCGUUCGUCAGAGACAGUUGGUCUCUACCGCCAAAAUCAUCUUCAGCAUGUUCACAAACAUUUUACAUCGACCAAACGCGGCUUUGAGCAGCCAUCUAUAACCCAACCCGCCAAGAGACCCUGA